AUGGAUUAUAGCAAGUGGGAUCACAUCGAGGUAUCUGAUGACGAAGAUGACACUCAUCCAAACAUUGAUACAGCCAGCCUUUUUCGCUGGCGCCAUGAAGCACGUCUUAACAGAGACCGCGAAUGGAAGGAAGAAAAGGAAAAAUUUGAGAAGGAAAAGAAACAGCAUUUUGAAGCCCUGCAGCUGGCACGAUCAAGAUUCAGUGACGGGAAGAAGAAUAAUGCCUCUAAUUUAAAAGAGUUGGAAGAGGACUUAAAGAAACUGGAGGAAUUAGAUAAAGAAUGGCAGCAAAAGGAAAAAGAAAUGAACAAAAAAGAAAGGCUACGACCGCUCAAUGUUGAUACAAUUAGUCAUGAAGGAAGAUCACGAACUGUUAUUAAUAAGUCUGCAUUGAAAGCGACAUCUGGCGCUAAUACCGAUGCAGAUGACUCCAACUUGCAUGAAGAUGCGGCUGACCGGUUACGGGACUUUGUUCAAAAACACGAGUCAGAAAUCAAAAAGUUUGGAAUGUUCCGCCGCCCUAUCGACUCCCAACAGUAUCUCCUGGAAAACCCCUACCUUGUUUGCGAUGAGACGGCCAAUCAACUUGUCCUGUGGUGCCUUGAUCUUGCUAUGGAGGAGGUGGGCUACUUGAUUCUGCUUAUGUUCAUUGACCCUGAACCAGAGUAUGAACGAAUGUUUCAGGCGGAACUGUCGGCGUUUCGAGUCCGAAUUCGCGAUCGAGCGAAAGUCAAGAUUGCUGAGGCCAUGCAACAAUUGGAAGAAGAGGAACGUCAAAAACGUUUAGGACCCGGUGGCCUAGAUCCCCUUGAAGUACUUGAAAGUCUCCCAAAGGCAUUGAAGGAGUGCUUCGAGACUCGAGAUGUGGAGCUUUUGAAAACGACACUGUCAGCGAUGGACCCCAAAGAGGCUGAGGAGUGCAUGAAACGCUGCAUUGCUUCCGGGUUGUGGGUCGAAAACGCGGCGGAACAGGGCGCGGAGGGCGAUAACAAGGUGGAAAUUGAGUCUAAUUCAGCGGAAGAAGAUGUAGAACCACAUCAAUCCGCUGCUCCCUCGAUUCCCUGA